AUGCAGUAUGGUCGCUCCUUUCUGAGUCAUCCUAUUUUCUUCCUUCCACUGCUUAUUCCUAUGCUGUGGUUUCGUUUUCCGACCUUUGAUCUUCAACUCUAUAUUACCAUUGCAACGACGCUUCUUCUUUAUGCUGGCCAUAAGAACGAGGUUUUCCCAUUCAUCACAAAUCGUCUUGCUGUGAAUUUGGGCAAGAUCUCUUAUCCUUUAUACAUGGCUCACUGGCCAGUUUACUCGUUUACAAGAUAUUACACUGAUAUAGUACAUAAUGGUAAGUAUUAUUUUGGACUUACGUUGUCUUGUUAG